CUCUUAAUUUGAACCCCUGUCGCCACAUGAAAACCGACCAGAAGACUAACCUGCGAAUGAAUAUAACCUGAAUGAAACAAACAUGGAAGAAAUAAACUGCGAAAUUGUGUUCAGACGUAAAUAACAAACCCUCACUGCUCAAUUCUCUCAGGAUUGAAACUGAAUUGAAAUAAAACAUUUUUCCCCAUGUGAUGACGUGAAUGCAUUUCGAAGAUUGUGAAUUUUCAAGUGUGAAUUUUCUCCUGAUCAUUAUUGUUAGAUAUGAAUUCUGAUAGGAUUGUGCAUCCAUCGAGUGGUGAAGCUGCCAGUGGAGUUAACGAUCUCCUGGAAGGGAAUCUGAAGAGACUGACGAGGUACCUCCAGUCCCUGGCUGGACACAUCGCUGACGAGGUGAAUACUGUCCUCACGGAUCAUUGUUAUGCUCGAGCAUGGAACUGGAAGCCAGAGAGCAUCUACGUCAAGCCUAUGAGGAAGAUCUUCUUCUCGAAGGGAUGGGACUCGGUUGGCGCCAAAAAGCUCAAGCCCGACGAGGAUAUCGACGUCGUAACCCCCCCAUUACCCCCAUCCCCCCCACCCCCCUACGACCUCCUAAAGCCCCUCCACCAAAUAGAGGAAUGCCACCGCCUGGCGACAUUCGCGCGUCCCGACUCUCCGGAAGACUGGGAAGAUAAAAUCGACAAGACUUUUUGGUCGUGUCUCCAGAGCCGCUUGUGGACCCGGGUCCUUCGAAUCCUCACGGAGGAGCACCUCUCGCGCCUCGUGAAGACCACCUCGAGGAAGGAAACCAUCUCCCGUCGAAUGUCCAUCGACUCCUCGGCAAAGAGAUUCCGUCACGUGUUUGCGUCAACCGGUUACGAUCUCCGGCUCAUCCAGUGGCUCCACUCGCUCCUCUUCGACCACCUCCCCCGGGAGUAUCUCACCAUUUACCUGGACAUCCUCCAGACCCUGCGAACGAAAAUCCCUCAGCUCGUCGACAAGAUAAUCUCGACUCAACCCACAAUUCCGACGAGAUCGGGAGGAGCCAUCAACUGGGAGACCCUGACCUCAGUAUUGAAGCGCUCGUGGGACCCAGUCUCCACGACCCUCAACUCCUGUCGCCCUAAGAAACUCCCCGGUAACCCAAUCCUCAUAAUCACACCGUCGGGCAUCACAAGUCAGCUCUCCCCACGUCAACUCAAAUGGAUCUCCCAGUUGAACUCCCUCAGCACAGUCGUCACCAUAAAUCCCCACUUCGGUCUGACCUCAAACAAGAUGACGAUGACAUCCUGCAUGGAUCAGCUGGUCCAAGCGACCCGCGCCAAAAUCCAGGAGAUCAGGUCCGACUGCCCCGGAAGACCUCUCAUCCUCAUCGGUUUCAACACGGCUGCGGCAUUCGCCUGUCAGAUCUCCCAGAUUGAGCACGUCACAGCGAUCAUCUGUCUGGGAUUCCCCUUCAGCACAGCUGAGGGCAAACGCUCCACCCCGGACGAUAUUCUCAUGGACGUCAGGUCCCCCGUCAUGUUCGUCAUCGGUCAGAAUGCGGCGACAGUCAGGGCCGACGACAUCGAGGAAACACGGGAGAAGAUGCUCGUGCAGACGAGUCUCAUCGUCGUUGGAACUGCUGACGAUCAUCUCAGGAUCUCAUCGAGAAAGAAGAAUGUGGAGGGCAUUACCCAAGGCAUGGUUGACAGGUGCAUUCUCGAUGAGAUCGCUAAUUUCAUUGGGGGAAUUCUACUUCAGCCACAUCCGUUACCCUUGAGACACGUUCACAUCAACUACGACAGCAAGCCUAUGAAGAAAGAACCCAGAAAGAGAAAGAAUUCAACCAGUAGCUCGGUCGAUAGCUGUGAAAUUGUGGGGAAAAAAUCGAGACCUGCGACACCCACUGGGUCGGGGAAUCCCCCGGGAAUUCCGGUUAUGAUGCAAGUGCCGAGGCCUGCCAAGCCAUCCCUGCCGGGCCGUAAUGGGCACAAUGCCAAGAGGAAUGUCAAGCCGAGGGGCUCGAUCAAUCCCAAACUUUUGGCUAUGGCUGGACAGCAGGGGGGCAAUGGCAAUGGCAAUGGCAAUGGCGGGAUUACCCUUAACAUUGGAGGAAUGGCCAGUCUCUCCCCAGUUGGACCCAUCAAGUUUGGGCCUGGACCUGGGGAGGGGAUCAAGCAGGCGAUUGUCAACAAGGGGCCCAUGGGGGUCAGCUUGACGAAGGUCAGGAAGUCACUGGAAGGGGGGAGGGGCUUCAUGCGGGGGGAGGAGGGGGCGCUAAUUGGGCAGAGUGGGCUGGGAGCUCAGGGGCUGCUCGAGGAGGACUCGAGGAGGGGUCUGGGCAGGACUGCGGUGAGGAAGGACUUCAUCGGGAAGAGUGAACUUUUGAGGAGGUCUUCUGCAGCUGAGCCCAACCCUGCCGAGACGGCGUCCACUUCGGCGAUGAGCACAGUGCUGGAGAACAUGGCCCAUGAAUCCAGUGACUCUCCCGAGGUCAACGAUAUUACUAAACAAAAUGGAGCCAUGAUGAACGACAAUUCCAUGACAAUAAUUCCAAUAUCGAAUAAACUAACAGCUGGCGACUCUAAUGCUCAAAAAAUACCACUAACAGCAUCAAAUAAUUCCUGGAAAAAGACUGAAACUAAAGAUCUCAGUGAUGAUUUUGGAAGUAUUCUAGAUAUUCCUAUAAUAUUUGCCAAAGACGACGAAAAUCUGACAGUACUGGAGAAAACUCCCCCUCCAGUGAACCUCAGGGACACCUCCAGGGUCCAUGAUAACAAACAUGAGCAAAAUCCACCCACUAAAGUUGUGUUACUGAGUAACAAGAGUGGGGGAAAUUCAACGUCAAAAGUGGAUAGAUUGAAAUCCCAGAAUUUUAAUCGUCCAAUCGUCCUCAGAACUCCGAUGCAGAAUAAUUCGAGCCAGGGUCCAACCAUCAAGUCCAAUGAAUCUGUCAAGUACACGAAAAUCAUAUUGGCCAAGAGAAAUACGAUUAUCAAUUCUAAUAAUUCAGAUAAGAUCGUUUUAACGAGAAAUAAACGAAAAUGAAGAGUGAUUCUAUAUCAUUGAUUGUAGGAAGCUGUGGGAGAUGGUGAAUUAACGUAAAUGUGACUAGUAAUAAACGAUUGAUUUCUCAUAAAAAAGUGCUUCAAGUCGUCUUUAAUCCAUUCAUAAUUAUGGCUAGCAACCCCUGGAUUUUUUCCUCUGGCCAACAUCAUCGUAAACACGUUGAAAACUAAUG